AUGUUUUCCCCAACAAGAUACUUCAACUGCAGUAUCCAGGGAAGUAACAAAGUAGUCAGGGCAGUAUGUUUUAACCCAGCAAAGAGACCCCUGUUGGAGAAGUACCACAAAGGAAAGACAGGGGUCAGACUCCACAACAUGUGCUCUUCCAUCAAGGAUGACGUUGAGACCAUUAUCAUCCAAAACAAUACAAGUGUGGAACCUGUGGCGUUACCAUAUGUCUACAAAGACGCUACAAUAUCAUCUUCCUUGCCAAGUCUUUCAUCUCUGCAGGAGGUGUCAAAAGAGCAAUUGGUUGAUGUGAAAGCAAAGGUAUCCGGUAUCACUGGAGUGAAAACAAUUAACAGUCGUUAUGACCACCCUCUUAAAGCGCAAGAAGUCCUUUUCGUUGACCACACCACUUCUAUAAAACUUGUUCUGUGGCAAGAACAUUGGGACAAACUUGAAGACCAGAAGACUUAUAACUUGGAAAAUCUAAGACUCGCGGAGACCAAUGGAAUCCGCUAUCUGAACACUUCAAAGUCAGAGCAGUUUCUUUACAAAGAGAUUCCUCCUUUUACACAAAACUUGGCACAAGUCACUAUAGAGAUGGAGUCACUAAUGCAGAAAAUAUCAGCCAAAUUAAGUGGUGUCCAAAACGCGUCAAAAAAUCUUUCAUGUACAUCAUGCAAAGAGAGGGUUUCAAUCUAA